AUGACUGGAGAUAGCGACUACAGCAAAUACGAUUUGGCACGCCUGCGGGCAGAACUCGAGCAGGAGAGGGAAAUUAAAGAAAUGCUUGAAGAGUCUGUGUCUGAUCUGCGGAGUACCAUGUGUGAACUGCAGGAAAGACUCCACAGUGUUGAUGGGGAAGAAAAUGAGUGGAAGACAAGGUAUGAGACACAGACUGAGCUUAAUGGGCAGUUGGACAGACAGAUGUCUCUCAUUCAUGAGAGACUGGAAGACCUACGAGGAAACCCGAUGGAUCCAUUGGCCUCCAUCCGAAUGUAUGAUGACAUGCCGAUAGAAACACUGAGACAGCGUCUGAAGCUCCUGACUGAAGAGAAAUCCGACCUCCAGAGUCAGCUGAUGGACUGUCAUAGCAGAAUUGAGCAGGAAGGAAAGGCUUUUCAUAAAACCAAUGACGAGAGGCGGGCGUACCUUUCGGAAAUCGCUAAGCUGUCCUCCACCCUUGAAGCCCAAAGAAGACAGUACUCCACCCAGCCAGAGAGGGCGCAAGAGAGCAAACAGAGGAGAGGGAGGCAGACCAGCAGGAAGGCAGAGGCUGAGUCUAAGAAAGGAAAAGAGAGAGAAAAUGAUGGAGGAGGAGUGCGUGCAAAAGGAGGAGGAGGAGGUGGUGGUGGAGCAACAGCAGAGAGAAGAGAUGAAAAGAAAUCCCAAAGGGGAAGCAGGUUACCCACCCUAAAGUACUACCUGAAACACAAUCCCUAA